ACGAAAAGUGAUGAAACGAAUCGUGUUGAUCGGACGUUCUUAAAUUGGUAUUUGUGCGAGGUGAGUAGUCACCUGUACGUAAUUUCCAAUAAAAGACUCGUACUAAAGUUUGUACUAAAUUAAGAGUAAAUCAAAAGAUAAUCGAAAGACGUGUAUCCGAAGAUAGAUAGUUUGUCAGCGAAUUAAGAAAUUUUUGCGAGAAAAAUGCAGAACCUCCAAGUUUUUGUAAAUUCAACGCCCGACCCGUUGAACAUGACACUACUGAUGGAAAAUAACACUUACUACAAUAACACGAAUAUCACGGAUUUACAAUUGAGAAAUCAAUUCAUACUUCCGUGGUGGAGACAAAUGAUCUGGACCUUGCUGUUCGCCUGUAUGAUCGUCGUGGCAACUGGUGGCAACCUGAUAGUCAUUUGGAUUGUAUUAGCGCACAAACGGAUGCGCACGGUCACUAAUUAUUUCUUGGUAAACUUAAGCAUCGCAGAUGCGAUGGUGUCUACGUUGAACGUUACGUUCAAUUACAUCUACAUGUUGAACAGUCACUGGCCCUUUGGCACGCUCUACUGCAAGAUCUGUCAGUUCGUCGCUGUGCUCACUAUAUGCGCCAGUGUCUUCACUUUAAUGGCAAUUUCUAUAGAUAGAUACAUGGCCAUCAUGAACCCGUUGAGACCUCACAUGGGUAAAAGAGCUACCCUCUGCAUAGCGAUUUUCAUUUGGAUCGUAGGAGCUAUCCUCUCGCUACCGAUGCUACUCUUCUACACAACAUACACUCAAAACUUUGCAAACGGCGAAAUACGAGUGAUCUGCUACGGCGAUUUUCCCAACAGAGACGACAAUGGUCUCAGUUACGACGAAUACUUAUAUAAUGUGAUCUUUAUGGUACUGACGUAUGUUUUACCGAUUGGAUCGAUGACGUUCACGUACGCCAGAAUUGGUUUGGAGUUAUGGGGUUCGCAAAGCAUCGGCGAAAAUACCGCCGGGCAAUUGGAAGGUAUAAGGAGUAAGCGCAGGGUUGUGAAAAUGAUGAUUGUUGUCGUAGUAAUAUUUGCAGUAUGCUGGCUACCGUUUCACGUGUACUUCAUCAUAACGUCAUACUUCCCGGAGAUUACAAACGAGCCAUACAUCCAAGAAGUUUUUUUAGGUAUUUACUGGCUCGCCAUGUCUAACAGCAUGUAUAAUCCCAUAAUCUACUGUUGGAUGAACUCCAGAUUUCGGCGAGGAUUUGCCCACUUUUUCUCCUGGUGUCCGAUGGUACAGGUUGCCGCCGAGCCCUCGUUAUCACGUUCCGAAGCGUUAACGUCUCGAUACAGUUGCACCGGAAGUCCUCAAACCAACACCAGGAUAUCACGGAACGGUACGUGUACGUCUUCCUGCACACCCUCGGAACGUCCUUGCACCACAUCGUCCACAACAUCCACGAGCGAGUCACGCUUCGAACACGACGACGCCCACACGGAUGCACGAAAUUCUUACAUAGAUUUGCACGACUUCACCGUUACCAGCGUCGUCCUUGGCGAAACCAAUGCCGACGUGAAUCGCGAGACGUAGUAACGAAAUCGACUUUGAAACCCCGAUCGUUGUUUCCUUCGAUAUCCGGUUCGAUUCUUUUCGAUAAUUUACCCCGCGGAACAACUUUCUAAUCGAAAGCAUCGAUGAAAAUAAUCAUUACACUUCAGGGUCUAAAAUAUCAAUGUUAAACACAUACGAUUAGAUUCGCGUUUACGUGUACAUUUUUUUGGAAGAAAAAUUAUUAUCAAUUAACCCUCGCGGCUAUGAGACGAUCGUUUCGAAUGCAAGCAUCGAAUAAAACCACAGAAUGGAUUUUUUAACGCUUUCUAGUUAUAUCGUGAUAGUGCGAUCAGCAAAGACAUGUGAAACACAAAAUUCAAUUUUCUAACUUCUCUAGAUUUCUAUUAGCUUCAUAGUGUUCGUAUUGUAUGUAAUUUGUAUCGUGCUGUAGAGUGUUUUAUUGCAUAGUUUUCAUCAUUUUCUCAUGGUUUUCUUAUUUUUACACAUGUAAGUCUGUAGCUUUUAUUACGCAACCUAUAAUUCCUAAAGUUUUAUGAUGUUUGGAAAUUUGAUCCUAUUCUUAGAGUUUCAUAGUUUUUAGAAACUUGUAAUAAAGAUGCAACAGUAACUAUAUAAAGAUAAAUAAAUAUAUUUUUCGAAUAAAAUUCGUAAUUAUAAUUUUUUCUCUUCCCGUCUGUACGCGACGAUUUUCAAAUUACUAUGGAAAUUGAAAUUUCAUACAUGGUUGGAACAUAACCGAUUCAUUGUUGUCCGCGGUCUGCCGUUUGAGGGUUAAUAAAAUAAUAUACAUAUAUUUCUAGUACGUAUAUAGUAUGCCAAAUAAUUUUCUAUUUUUCUUUUAUCAACGACUAAUUUAUCAACAAUGCUUGUCUUCGUAAUCGCGAUACACGGUUGAAUUACCAACAAUCGCCCGAUUGUAACGAAUAUUAACAAUGCGUUUAUAGCUUUUUCAUACAAUGCGGUUGAUGUGAAAACUAUUCAUCGUCAUAUGUAAUCUCAGAUAUAUGUAUACAAUUAUACAUUUUAGGCCCUGGUAUUUCGUCAUCGAACGAUUCAUAAAAAAAAGAUUUACACAAAUGGAAUGCGGGAGCUUGAAGUUAUUUUACAUACAGGUACAUAUGUACCUAUGUACUUUUGUUUAAUUGAUAAAAAAAGUGAAAAAUAUAUCGCAGGUGUAUUAAAGUGACGUAAUAUAUAUCGGGUCUUAUUCAAAUACAAUGAGAUAUAAUAUCAACGUCAUGAUAUAAAGCCGCCACAAUGUUGUCUUCUUCUUAUCGACAAUUUUAUGAUCGAUGAUUUUUGUCGUUUAGAACUUUCACCUUAAGAUUUAUUAUCGUUACUCGACUUUGAAAUAACAAAAAAGACAAAACUACGGAUAAAAAUAAAGUAUCGCGUUACCAAAAGAAGGCGCAGCAAUUUACGAAUAACUCCAAUCUCCCGUAUGUAACUUAAAAAUGAAUUUUUACACGUGUGCUUGUACAUUAAUCCAUUAAGGACGAAACAGUGAAAUAAUCCGGAAAAGUUGCGCAAAUGCAAUGUUAUUUAAGAGUAUAGAUAAAAUAACUUUUACAGUACCGUUUUGUUAAGAUCAAAAAAAAGAAAAUAA